CCCACCACAAUCUCAUAAUACACAAUAUACUAUCCUCUUGAACUAGAGUUCAACAUCAAAGAACAAAGUUCCAACGAGGAGACGACCUAAAAACACACAAAAAAUGGCAAGGAACGUGGGUUUAAAUAUGAUAGGAUACUCCACCAUUGCAAUGGUUUUCAUAAUUGGUGUAACUAAAGCAACAGAAUAUAUGGUUGGUGACAACUUCGGAUGGAACGUUCCCUCCUAUGAGAGCUUCUAUAUGGACUGGGCUAGAACCAAGAGAUUCCAUGUUGGUGACAAACUCAUGUACAUGGAUCAGUUUUCAGCUGGAGCGGAGAGCAUUCGUUGGGAAUUAGGAAAGACGAUAUUUAUUACGAGAAUUGCAGCACCAGCUUAGAAGGUGGUCUCACGUACAUAUUUAAUGGUGCAACGAUAAAUUAUACUAUUGUUUCUACACCUGGGCCUGUCUAUUUCAUCUGCACAGUUGACGAUCACUGUGAAAGAGGCCAGAAGUUUAGAAUCAAUGUGUCUGCUGCUCCUGCACUAUCGUUUGGAAUCUUAUCUGCAUUUCUCUCUAGCUUGGCUGUGUAUUUCUGCUUCACCGUUACCAGUUAGUUACUUUGACGUGUAACUUGGAAGGUUACCAGAGCAUAUUCUUCCUAAUCUGUGAACACUCACUAUACAUCUUCCAGGCUUGUUGGGUUGUUUAUGAUUCAAUAAAGGAUAAAAUAUAUUUUUAGUUUUUAUAUUUUUA